AUGGGCAGAAGAGACAUAGAGGUGAAUCAGGGUCAUACCAUCCACACCAACGGAGGAACUGAACCCUGGAGAACAGGGACUGUCAUGACUUCAAAGAUCAGUGUAUCUUCCUCUUCCUCCCCCAAGACAAGGAUAAAAGGCACUGCAGUAGUCCCUGGUAAUAAUAGCCACUUGGCCUACAUCCCCACAGACCAGAUGCAUUGCUCCUCAGCUUUCUUCCUAGGGCUGCUGUUGCCCAUGGUGCUGUCUAACCAUCCCCAGGUCAAGCCUGUAACAGUCAGUCACAAUGACAAAGCCUACAGUUUGGAUCAGCUCCAGGAAGUAUACAAGGUGGUACACAAUGUGGCAGGCUCCUUGGAUGAACAAGGCAACUGUGUCUGUGUGGUCUAUCUGCCCAAUAGUCCCAUCCCCCUGCAGCAAAUAAAGAAGCUACAGAAUGCUACGGAAGAGCUGGUGGAGAAGUAUGAGCUGGAGCUCUCCAAAGCAGAUGAGCACACUCAGGCCACCUUGGCCCAGGAGAAGGCAAAGCUAGAACUCAUGCAGGACCUGCAGUGGAAGCAACAGGGUUCUGGGUCAGAGUCUAGGUCUGGCCACACCUCCCCCUCCUCUACUGAGCCUCAUUGGGAAGCCCUUCGGUGGGAGCUGCUGGGAGCUGAGAGACUCCUGACCCAACUCAAGGCCCGGGAUAGGCUGAUGGGAGGCAAAGGCAACAACACUAAUGGGAUCCUCCAAAGGGUCCAGGGACAGGUGCAAAAUGCCAGCAUCAUACUACAGCAUCUAGCCAACUCCCAGCAAGAAAACUUGCAAGCCACUCGCCAGGAGGUGAGUGCCUUGGAAAACCAGUUGAAUGACUGUGAACAGAGUCGGAGCCCUGUCCACCAGGCCCAUAAUCUUCCUCCUGGCUCCUGUGCCCAUGGCACACUGCUCAGUGUCAGUCGCCCCCUUGUGGUUCAACUCAAUUGGCGUGGCUUCAACUACAAGGCUGGUGCCUGGGGUCGUGACACUGGACUCAACCUCAUUUCCUCUCUCUACUGGGUGGCCCCACUCCGUUCUGAUGGCAGGUAUUUUGACUAUUACCGACUGCACAAGUCCUAUGAUGACCUAGUACUAUUCAAGCACUAUAAGGAAUGGAAAAUGGGCUAUGGGGAUGGGAGUGGCAAUACAGUCUACAAGAACUUCAUGUAUUUCAACUACUAUGGCACUGGUGACAUGGCCAAGGUGGACCUGGCCACCAACACAUUGGUGCUUCGCCAACCUCUGCCUGGAGCUACCUACAACAAUCGCUUCUCGUAUGCUGGUGUGCCCUGGAAGGACUUGGACUUUGCAGGAGAUGAGAAGGGCCUAUGGGUAGUGUACUCCACAGAGGAGAACAAGGGUAACCUGGUGGUGAGCCGGCUCAAUGCCAGCACCCUGGCUGUGGAGAAGACCUGGCAGACAGGACAAUAUAAGCCAGUGGUAUCAGGAACCUUCAUGGCUUGUGGGGUCCUCUAUGCCCUGCGUUCUCUAAGUACUCGCCAGGAGGAGAUAUUCUAUGCCUUUGACACUAACACUGGGCAGGAGCACCACCUCAGCAUCUUGUUGGACAAGAUGCUUGAAACACUGCAGAGCAUCAACUAUAGCCCCUUGGAUCGCAAACUUUAUGUCUAUAAUGAUGGUUAUCUUGUCAUGUAUGACCUUUUCUUCCAGCAGUCUCGGCUAAUGCCAUAUCAAGGGCUUAAAGACCUAGGCCUCACAGUUUAG